CCUCCUCCAACAACAACCACACAACUGUCACACAACUCAAAUCCCUGAGGAUGUUUCCUCCUCGCAUGUCCGUCUCUCGAAUAGCGGGCCUCAAUCGCCCGCUGCGAUUGCGGGUGCUACACAGCGCUCGUCACCUCAUUAGACGACCAUUUACACAGACUUCGCGACAACUCGUUCUAGCCCCGCCGCCCAGUCGCCCUCAACUUGACUUCCUCACGCCCACCUCCACCAGCCUCCCUCUUCCCCCGUUGUCCAUCCACCUCCGCCGUCAUGUUGCCCGUCUUAUCUCCACCGAGAGCCGCAACUAUUACCGCCGACGCAUCUCAGGCAGCCUCAAGCUCGCUCUCUCAUUCACCGCCAUCCUCCUCCUAUUCAAUGUGGUCCAGAUUGGCGUCAACCAAGCCGAGCUCGAACACCAAUGGCCCACGCCUGACGAAUGGUCGUGGAAGAACCGCUGGCGACUGCGGUCGGCGCAAGCACACCAGAACCCGGAGAAGAUCGGCAAGCUCAUGACCGACUGGGCCAUGGUCCGGAGUUUCCUGCGGGACCUGCUGGAACAGCUCGAGGAUCCGGAACUCGAAGGCAAGGGCAUCGUGGACCAAGCCGAGGGCGGAUUCCUGGUGGACGGGGUCGGGAAAACGGGCUACGACAUCACCGCCAAGAGCGAACCGUGGCGCCGGGGCUACUACCAGGCGCUGAUGGGCGCCGCCAAAGCGGCCGAGUCCCUCGAAGGCUGGAUGACGGAUCGCAAGCAGCUGGUCUCCGCGCCGGCCGAGUACGUCGUCGGGCCCUCCAACCCGCGGCCCAAGCCCAUGCCCACGAAGCAGAAGAAGGUGCUCCACGAGGAGGACUGCGAGCCGGCCUCCCCGCCGCCGCAGUCCUUCUACGUGAAGAUCCUCACGACGCGCGGCUUCACCACGGGCCAGAAGGUCGAGGCGGCGCUCGCGUAUGCGGACUGGCUCGCCUACAAGGGCCUGGCAGCCACCGCGGAUGAGGUGUACCAGUGGGCGAUGGACAUCGCGGUCUCCGGCACCACCACCAGCGACCCGAUCGCGGUGGUGGACCCGAAGACCGGCAUCCUCCGCAACGACGGCCAGCACUUCCCGUCCGAGAACAUCCUGCGCGUGUCGACGGCGCAGGCCGUCCACCAGGCCCGCCAGGGCAACCUCCCGACCGCGCUCUCGAUCUUCACCUCCGUCCUCAAAGCCCGCCGCUCCAUCCCCGCGGGCAUGGGCGAGCCCACCACCGCGUACACCCCGACCCUGCCCCGCUCCCCGGACCCUUUCCGCUCCUUCUUCAAUAAGCUGCAGACCACCCUCCGCCCCGCCGCCUACCCGCCCCCGCCACCCACCGGCGACGCCCCGCCCGCCCGCACCCCGGCCACCGUUUGCGACCAAGCCGCCCUCAUGACCUACAUCGGCGAGAUCCUCUUCGCCUCCUCCUCCCAGGAAUCCGGCCUCGCCUGGACCCGCGACGCCGUCGACAUGGCCGAGGCCACCAUGCUCGAGCUGCACUCCCCCGGCUCGGAUCCCGAACCCGUUGCCAACGCCCGCUGCGCCGACUGCCUCCGCGUCGGCCUCGCCAACUGGAAGACCAUGGUCAACCAGCUCAUCGCCCGCGCCGAACAAGAGGAAGCUGAGGCUGUCGAGAAGGCCGCCCACCAACGCACUUCUUCCGAACGUCUGGUACAGCAGAAGAUCCUCGAGCGGAAGCGCUGGGAGGCCGAGGGGAUGAUCCUCGAUGAGCGUCGCGCCCGGCUCGACUGGUUGGUCGAGGACUAUUCGCCCUACGAGGGCUUGGCGCCGAAUGCGUCGCUCUUUACCUAGUUUUUUUUUCUGGUUCUGCUGGUGUUGAGAUGAAAUUGUAACAUCAUCUUGAACGUCGUUGGUGCUUGUGUAUAACAUGAGCCUUGAUUGCGGAAAACCUCGUGGAAAUUUUGUUUUUGUUGCACAUAUGCAUGCAGGUUGGAGUUUUCGGGUGGGCUUGGCGGUUGUAUACUUGUACAUGUACAUAGGGUUUUUCUUUUUUACUCGAAUUGUUCCAGAUAUGGGCAUAUGUAAGGGGGUCAAUUGGUAUCAGCUUGCACUAUCAUGGAUGAUCAUCUUUAUUAGGAAGAGUACGGCUCCUCAUCUAUUUUUACGGGCUAGGAAACACACAAGA